AUGUUAGUCAAAUCGCUCCAACUCACACAAAGGAGACUUGCCUCGACGGGCACACUUUUGAAGACCCCGUUGUACGAUGCCCAUGUCAAAUUGGGAGGAAAGAUGGUCCCGUACGCAGGAUUUGAAAUGCCCGUGCUAUACGAGUCUCAAUCACACAUUGAUUCACAUAACUGGGUUAGAUCUAAAGCAGGCUUGUUCGAUGUCAGCCACAUGUUGCAACACAAUAUAAGUGGGCCCGAUGCACAAUCAUUCUUGGAAAAGGUGACCCCCAUCGACUUGAACUUGAUUCCGGAAAACAGUUCGAGUUUGUCGGUGUUGUUGAACACGGAAGGCGGGGUUAUUGACGACUGCAUCAUCACGAAACACGCCAAGGACAAGUACUACAUGGUGACAAAUGCCGGGUGCAGAGAGAAGGAUGUCCAGUUUCUCAAAGAUGAGUUAAAGGCAUUCAACUCAGUAGAGCACAAUACAUUUGAAGGAACUUUAUUAGCAAUUCAAGGCCCCCAAGCACAAGAGCUUUUGCAAAAGUUUACCAAUGAAGAUUUGAGUCAGAUCUACUUUGGACAAACAAAGUUUGUCAAAUUGUCACCGAUCUCGGCUACUGUGCAUCUAGCAAGAUCGGGAUACACGGGAGAAGAUGGGUUUGAAUUGUCAAUCCCAUCAGCAACCCCAGAAGAGGCAGCAGAGGCUUUAAGUUUCUUCAACACUUUGGUGCAUGAAUACCCCGAUGUAGCUAAACCUAUUGGAUUGGCCGCAAGAGACUCAUUGAGAUUAGAGGCAGGUAUGUGCUUGUACGGACACGAAUUGACAGAAGACAUUACACCAAUCGAGGCAUCCUUAACCUGGUUGAUUCCCAAAACACGUCGUGAAUUGAGUGGCUCCAGUUUCAAUGGAGCAGCCAAGAUCUUGAGCCAAAUCAAGGACAAAUCCACCACGCACCGAAGAAUUGGGUUGACCUCAAAAGGUCCUUCUCCUAGAGAGGGGAAUAAAAUAUACAGCGAGGACGGUGAAACCGAGAUUGGAUACAUUACCUCUGGGUCACCUUCUCCUACCAAUGGCGGUAACGUUGCGCAAGCGUAUAUCGAUAAAAAGGCGAAAAUCGGAGCGCCGGUGAAGAUUGAGAUCAGAGGCAAGUUGAGGGAUGGAGUGGUGACCAAAUUGCCAUUUGUCCCAAGUAGAUUAUAUAAGCAGUAA